AUGGUCAGCUCCUGUUGUGGCUCUGUCUGCUCUGAGGAGGGCUGUGGCCAAGGCUGCUGCCAGCCCAGCUGCUGCCAGACUACCUGCUGUAGGACCACCUGCUGCAGGCCCAGCUGCUGUGUGUCCAGCUGCUGCAGGCCCAGCUGCUGUGUGUCCAGCUGCUGUAGGCCCCAGUGCUGCCAGUCUGUGUGCUGCCAGCCCACCUGCUGCCGCCCCACCUGCUGUCGGCCCAGCUGCUGUGUGUCCAGCUGCUGCAGGCCCCAGUGUUGCCAGUCUGUGUGCUGCCAGCCCACCUGCUGUCGUCCCAGCUGCUGCCAGCCCAGCUGCUGCCAGACUACCUGCUGUAGGACCACCUGCUGCAGGCCCAGCUGCUGUGUGUCCAGCUGCUGCAGGCCCCAGUGCUGCCAGUCUGUGUGCUGCCAGCCCAGCUGCUGCAUCUCCAGCUGCUGUCAACCCUCCUGUGGUGGGCCCAGCUCUUGUGGCUCCAGCUGCUGCCGUCCCUGCUGCCGUCCCUGCUGUCGCACCUGCUGUUGUUUGAGACCAGUCUGUGGCAAGGUCUACUGCCAAACCACUUGCUACCGCCCCACCUGUGUCAUCUCCACCUGCCCCCGCCCCAUGUGCUGUGCCAUUCCUUGCUGCUAAAUCUUCUCUUUGAGUGUGCCAUUUAUCUUCUCAAUCUCUGCAGAUGAAGUCCUUCUUUCUAAAAAGUGCAUAGUGUUUGAGGGACUUGAUCUCCUGAGUCCCAGAAGUCAGACUUGUUUGCAAUUAUUUCAUGUGCACAUUCUGACUUCUGUCCAAAGUUCUUCCUUAGAAUGAUUUUAUCAAAAAACCUCUGAAUAGCUUAACAGGUCUCCCCCAACAUGCCUCACCUUGUAUUUUUAUCUAUUCUUCAUGCUGUAGGAAUUUAAAUUAUCCCUAGCUCUCGGAGGAACAGGCAUUUUAACCCUCAUGACAUUAAAAUCCGUUGUCUUUUAUAGCUUUUGCAAAGAUUUUUUAUACUUUACUACUUCUGUGUAACAAAAAUAAAGAUCCAAG